AUGGCCACCGCCGAAGGCGACGCCGACUGGUCCCUGCCCUCCCCCGCCGACCACGAAGACAACGGAUUCCUGGCUCUACCCUCCUCCCCCGCCGCCUCUAGCAGCGGCUUCGCGGAGGACUUCUACCGCAGCGGCACCGAGUGGUCCUCCCUGCGCGCCCCUCCGCCGCUGCGGCCGCCCGGAGGGCCACCCGGUGUGAAGGAGAAGGAGAGGGGAGGCGGCUCGCUCGUGCAGAGCAGCCUCUUCCAGGCUUGGGGGAUCGAUAAGCCGCGGCGGGAGGCUGGGGAUUCAUCGCUUGUGCAGAGGAGCCUCUUCCAGGCGUGGGGGAUCGAGAGGCCAUGGACGGAGGGGCUCGGGGCUGGGGAUUCCUCCCCAUCCCCCCUCCCUUUCCGGUUCUUGGUUGGGAAGGAAGCGGAGGCGAGGAGGAACCGAGGAGGCGGGGGUGGCGGCCAAGAAGCCCCUCACGUGCCCCUUCUACAAGAAGAUUCCCGCUAUAUUUGUCCUUUGGAGCUUGAUACCGAGUAUGUCAUAGAGGGAGUGACAGUUACCUUGCUGGAGGCCAACCAUUGCCCUGGUGCAGCUCUAAUCCACUUUCGACUAAGUGAUGGAAAGACCUAUCUCCACACUGGGGAUUUUAGAGCAUCAAAAUCUAUGCAAUUGCAUCCACUUCUCCAGAGAGGCUGGGUAAAUUUGGUUUACCUGGACACAACAUAUUGCAAUCCCAAAUACAAGUUCCCACCCCAGGAGGAUGUUAUUGAUUUUGUUGUGAGGACAGCUCGAAGAUAUCUAAAGAAGCAGCCAAAAACCCUCAUUGUUGUUGGGGCAUAUAGCAUUGGGAAAGAGAAUGUGUAUCUAGCAAUUUCCCAUGAUUUAGAGAACUUGAAGAUGUACAUGGAGACUCUUAAUGGAAGAUUUCUAGCUGUGCUGGCUUUCCGUCCUACAGGUUGGACUUUCUCUGAGGCAACUGGAAAACAACUUGACCUAAUAAAGCCAAGCUCUAAUGGCAGUGUAACAAUCUAUGAGAUUGACAAUUGCAGUUGCAGCUUAAGUAAAGAGAGGUGUGCUUAUAGCGAGCAUUCAAGUUUCACUGAGCUUAGGGAUUUUGCGAUGUUUCUGAGACCUCAUAAGGUAAUUCCUACUGUUAAUGUUGGCAAUCCGACAAGCCGAGAUAAAAUGCAAGCAAAUUUCCGGGAAUGGCUGAAGAGCCAGCGAUAA